AUGAAGCUUCAUCAACAGAUUCUCGUGUGUAUCGCCGCCAUUGCGCCUCUGGCAUUGGUCGAGGCCAAGAUACCAGUACCCCAGUUACGCGGCCAUCGAGUUCGCCAGGACAACCCGACACCUUGCACAUCGAGCACGGUCGAGACGAUUACAACCAUCAACCGUGGAAACGAGGGCAUUUGGCAUGUCAGGGCCAACCAGACUGACCUGAACCAAUUGUACCAAUUCUCCCAGGUUGACUGGCUCAGCAACGACAAGACUGCUGUCCUAGAUCAAUGCACCAGCGUUUGCUUGGCAGGCAACAAUACCGAGACCCCGGGCAGUUGGCUCCCCAGUGACAAGUAUUUCCAGGGUGCCUUUGUCAAUACGCCUGGAGGAUCAGGACAGGACCCAGAAUGGAUGUGUGCCUGUUAUGAUGGCACACUUUCUCAGACCAAUCUUGUUGCUGGUGGCGGUGUGUGGGACAAUGCGAAUCCCGGCUCUGGCACCAUCAUCAAUCGUGUCUGUUGA